AUUUUUACGUGUCAGUACCAAGAUUGGGGCUAGCCGUUGCAAAAAAGACUAAAAGCUCGUUUUGUACGUAUUGACACUAAAGCUGACCGAUUGGGCCCGCCCGUCAGGCGCCACGCUGGCCAGUGCGCGCGUCGCCUGCGCUGGCUGCGCGCUGACUCGGACGAGGCCGGCUCGGACCGUUUAUGUGCGACCGAGCCAGACCCCGACCCCGACCCCGCUCGCCUUCUUCUUUCUUUCUUCCUGCUCUCUGCCUCGCCGUCGCCUGCGCCCGCCACCGCCGGCCGCCACAGCACGCCGCCGCAGCCAUGGUUCUGGAGGACGAGAGCAGCGACGACAACUCAAGCCUCCCGUACAUGCCCUCCGAAACCUCCACCGAUGGGCUGAACCAGGUGCCUUUCUCUCUUGAGGACCCGGAUUACAAGGGUCUUGAGCUAGAUCUGAUAGUGUUGUGCGAGAAGCAUGGGAAGCCAUCAGAGAGGCUUGUUGCGUUUGAAGGAACAAUGACUGGGAGAAGGUUCUUAGCAUGUGCAGAGCCGGAAGGUCAGAAUUGUGGGUUUGUUCAGUGGGUUGAUGAGCAGUGGCCCCCAACAAUGGAGAAUGCAUUGCUGAAGCUUUGAUCAAUGGUUGAAGAGAGCAAGUCUGCUAGGGUGAA